UUGACAGGCAAAGUGUAACACGGAAUCAGUCCAGCAACCCAAGCAACAUGUACGCGAAACUCGCUCUCAUCUCCCUCGUGGUCGCUGUCGUCGUCGCCUCCCCGACUCCCGGCGGUGGCGGACACCACAAGCACGUGACGAUUCACGUGCCGUACAAGGUGCACACCAUCCACCACCACCACGUGUCGAAGGUGCACGUCCCGGUGCACGUGCCGGUGGUCAAGGAGGUGCAGGUCGUCAAGGAGGUGCCGGUGAUCCAGCACGUGCCCGUGCCCGUGUACAAGCACGUGCCGGUGCCGGUCGUCAAGCACGUCGAGGUCGAGAAGAAGGUGUACGUGCCCGUGCACCACGAGGAGCACCACGGCGGCUGGGAGGGCGAGGCGCUGUCGCAUGGCUGGCACUGAUUGGAUACUCUUGUUUUUAGCUUUUAAGGAAUCUUAGAAUAAGAAGCACACAUCGAGGAUAUAACAAGCAGCUCCUGUAGUCGCAGCAAGCUUGCGACGUGAACCGAACAUAGCCGAACAUUCACGAAGCUGCCCACACUUCACACACAACAAGAUUUACAAACACAUCUAGCAUACGCUACGAAAUAUGAUGAAAGUAACUUUCGGCGUUGAUAGAGGCUAUUUUUAAUGGCGCCCAAGACCUGGUAAACAUUAAUUUGGUAAAAUAUGAAAAAAUAUUAAGAUCACGAAUGUCAGUCAAGAGGGCUAAACUCACAGCAGAAGAAAUGCUGAAGUUAAUGGAGAACCACGUCUUGUCAUGUAGUAUAGUGCAUGCUAAGUAUGUUUGUGUUGCCAAUGUCAUAAUUCCGUCUUGAUACAUAAGUGCCUUUUCCUAAAUAUUACUUGUUCUUGUAAAUAGUGUAAAAAGUAUUAAGAAAUGUCUUAGAGUUAAUUCUGUACCAUGUCACAGUAUUUAAACACAGAAAAUAUGUUUAGCAACAAUUCAAUCAAGAGUUUUAACAUAGUUACCAUAGAUAUAAACCUCUAUUAUGUAAGAACCAAAGAGAAUAAAAUUGAUGUGUUAUUUUUUUACGAAAA